AUGGGAUUUGGUGAUAUGACUGGUGGUGGUUCGUCCGGUUUCGGCGGCGGCGCAAGUGAAGGAAAGACCGAUUUUGGAGGAAACGAAGGGGAAAACAAGGAAUUCGGAUCGAGAGAAAACCCUGGCUUCGGAUCGAGUUGGAAUGCGGCCAUUUUUGAAGAUACAACGCAUUCAUUGAAUCCAUUCUACCGUAGCUCCUUUCAAAUUCGCCAAGCAAUGGUGGAAGAGGGAAACGAUUUGGAUGAAGAGUUAAACAACGAUCGACUGAUGGCCUUCGCCGAGUUGAUCGCCAGCGAUAAUGAUUGGAAAUCGGGUUUUUCGGAUCAAUCGUCAGCUGAAAUCACGGAACAAGAUGAGAGUCUGCACACGGAU